AUGACUUUACUUUCAAAUAAGAAAAUCGCCAAAGCGAAAUUCGUUAAUUUGCUGAUCCCCAAAUAUGAAAAUUUGAAAAAUGAAUCGGCAACUUUGAUAUACGUUGCAAUACAUCAUACAACAUUUCAUAUUCAAACUUGUAAAGCCCUUACUGCUUUUAUUAUUGCAUUUACGAUCUUUUAUCGACUAGUUAUCGCUGGCAUUUCCUUAAUUACAUAUUUCAGGCAAAAAAUUUGCGAUACUGGUAAAUGUGAUUGGAAAUUAUUUUUACCUUCGGCACUCAUCGCAUCGUUGCUUGCAGUUAGUGCUUCACAAACUUACGGUUCUGGUGUAUAUUGGUGUGCUGCAGUACCAAAUACUAUUAUGAUUCCAUUGUUUUCUAUUGUUGUGACACUAUUAGUACUCGCUAUUUGCUUGUUUUGUUACGCACAUACCAUUCGAACAAUACGUGUCAUUAAAAAUCAACAAUCAAUAUUUGAUGAAAGUCAAUGUACUUCAAAAUAUUCAUUAAACGAUAUUGAAGUAAAAGUCUCUAUAAAGAUUUUGGGUUACGUACUUGUGUAUAUGAUACAAUGGAUUCCUGCCAUAUCAUAUGAUAUAUAUCAAUACUAUGGAAAUGCCCGUCCUUGGGUUUAUUGUAUGGUUAUGAUUUCAUUUAACAUGGGACCAAUUGGGAAUACAAUAUUUUUCAUAAUAAAUGAAGGAAAUUGUAGUUAUAACAAAAGUAGCUCUCCUCCUACCUAUGAUAAUGUUAGAAGUGGGAGUGCAAAUAGUAAUAACAAUUCUUUUGCAAUCUCUGCUGAGAAUAAAUCUCUUGAGGCUGAUCAUAUUUACUAA